AUUGGAUUUAAAGGAUUUAACAUAAGUCCAGACAAAUUGAACGCCAGUUGUGAAUUCGAAUUCAAUAAUCAAAAGUAUACUCUAAGACAUGGAUCGGUUGUCAUUGCUGCCAUCACAUCGUGUACUAAUACGAGCAAUCCCAGUGUCAUGCUCGGAGCUGGUCUUCUGGCUAAAAAUGCCGUCGAAGCCGGUCUUUCUGUGGCGCCAUACAUCAAAACUAGUCUUUCGCCUGGAUCGGGGGUGGUCACUUAUUAUCUGCGAGAAAGCGGAGUUACGCCAGCUUUGACAGCACUUGGUUUUGACACCGUUGGAUUCGGUUGCAUGACGUGUAUUGGAAAUUCUGGACCUUUGCCCGAACCGAUUGUGAACGCUAUCGAAUCAAACGAACUAGUCUGUUGUGGAGUUUUGUCGGGCAACCGUAACUUUGAAGGCCGCAUCCACCCGAACACCCGUGCCAACUAUUUGGCCUCACCGCUGUUGGUCAUUGCGUACGCGAUCGCCGGACGCAUGGACAUUGACUUUGAAACUGAACCUAUAGGUAAUGAUAAAAAUGGCAAGCCAGUAUUUUUGAAGAAUAUUUGGCCAUCUAGAGCACAAAUCCAAACUGUUGAAAAACAAACUGUAAUUCCUGCAAUGUUCCAAGAUGUCUAUGCUCGCAUUGAAAAUGGUUCUAAUGCUUGGCAAUGCUUACAAGCCCCAGACGGCCAAUUAUACCCAUGGGAUGUGUCGUCUACUUACAUUAAAAACCCACCAUUUUUCAGUGGCAUGACUAAGACAUUACCUGGUGUUCAAUCAGUGAAAGGGGCACAUGUAUUACUAUUUCUCGGUGACUCUGUAACAACUGAUCACAUAAGCCCUGCUGGUAGCAUUGCAAGAAAUAGUUCUGCAGCUCGUUAUUUAGCUUCAAGAAACAUCACACCAAAAGACUUCAACUCGUAUGGCUCAAGACGUGGAAACGAUGAUAUAAUGGCUAGAGGGACAUUCGCAAACAUAAGAUUAGUAAAUAAGUUGGUCAAGAACACUGGACCAAAAACAUUGCACAUUCCUAGUGGACAGGAGUUGGACGUCUUUGAUGCAGCUCAAGUUUAUGCUAAAGAGGGAAGACCGCUCAUUGCUAUUGUGGGCAAAGAUUAUGGAUCAGGUUCAUCAAGAGAUUGGGCAGCAAAAGGACCGUUUUUGCUGGGAAUUAAAGCUGUGAUUGCUGAAUCUUAUGAACGUAUUCACCGAUCCAACUUGGUUGGUAUGGGAAUAAUUCCAUUGCAAUUCCGUUCCGGAGAAAAUGCUGAAACUUUAAAACUCACUGGUCAUGAAAUUUAUGAUAUAGAUAUUCCACAAGACUGCAAACCAUUGCAGGAAAUCCAAGUGAAAACCAAUACAGGUGUCACAUUCAAUGCCAUUUUGCGUUUUGACACUGAAGUGGAUAUACUAUACCAUAAACAUGGAGGCAUUUUGAACUAUAUGAUCAGAAAAAUGUUGGAUUAAAUUAUUAGUCCAUGAAUACAGUUAUCCAUGACUAUAAUUUAUUUAAAACUAUCAUUAUUAUAAUGGUUUGGUAUAUGUAAUGCAUUUUAACUGUUGUACAACCAAAAUAUAUAUUUUUUUUGCCAAACAUUGAAAAAUAAUCGUUGCCACAAAUAUAUGAUAAAGGUAAAUUAUUACUAAUUUAGUAUAAAUUUUAAAUAAAGUGAUGAUUGGGCUCUAAAUUGUA